GAUGACUUCCCUCUAAUCGACAUCAUCUAUCCCACCAGCUGGCGCAUCCAGGCAUAACGACAUUUUCUAAUCGUAACCACCAUUCAUAUUGUCGCCUCCCGUUUUCCCAACUCUCCAUGUCGUAGGACGGGAUCCCGAUCACUGCUCGAUGCAAUGGAGCGGACGAGUUCCGGAUCGAGAGCUCUGUUCCCGAAGGGACCCAGCUUCACUAUCGAGGACUUCUCUAAUAAGGACUUCAUCGUGCGUGACUUUGUUGAUGAUCUUGCCGAGAGCGCUGUCUCUUUAAAUCGUCGCUCUGGUCCUGCUCUACAAGCCUUCGACCCGAAACCCUUAAUUCGGACAUUUGAGAAUGCAUUGCAAGGCCUCGGCAGCCUAUCCGAAGAGUUACAGGCGAAGGAAUCGGACUUGAUGUCCCAAGCACGCCGUGCAGAGACUCAGCAUGACCAAACCGUUGAAACCCUUGGCCGCAAACUGGACCAAUCCAUCGACCAGUUCGAGGCUUUAGACCUUACCCUCAACAAUCCCAGCGAGACCGAACGAGGAAAUCGUGGUGAGGCAGGUGGAAAUAUCGCGGUCCAAAUAGGAGAGAAGCUGGAGGAGUUAGAUAGGAAACGCAGACGAGCGCUGGACGCCAAUUUCCUAAUACAAUGCUGGCUUCAAGUUAGUGAAACCGGCGAACUUACCUUAUUACAAGAUAUCCAACGCCAGGGCGGUUCUGAGAACAAAGUAAGAUGUGCCGUGAUUGCACAUCAACUAAUGCGCAUCAGCCAAAGACUGGACCCCAUAUCUUGGGGUCAGCAGCAUGGACUACAUCGCAAUGGCAUCACAAGUAACGGGAAUACUAAUGAUCAGAGAAGAUAUAAUACCCGUGAGAUAUUGGAGAAGUUCUGCGAAACUCUGGAGCAAGACCUCCUAAAACAAUUCAACGGCAGCUACCGUAAACAGAACUUCGACGACAUGAAAGAGUGCGCUAAGGUUCUAUACGAUUUCAACGGAGGUGCCAGCGUCAUUGCUGUCUUCGUAAAUCAGCACCAAUUCUUCAUUGACAGAGAUCAACUCAUCACAGACGAAGUAACCAUGGAUGGAGAGACCUGGGAUCAAUUAGCAGAUCCUGACUCCGAACCCCCUGGUGUCGAACCAAGCCUUCAGUCGCUCGUUGAUGAGGUCAGAAUUGUUAUGCAGGAAGAGUCAUUUAUCAUCAAGAGGGCCUUCCCAUACUACGAGACCGUAUUAAUCAAGUUUAUACAGCGAGUAUUCCAGCAGUCGAUACAACAACGACUGGAAUUAGUUUUGGAAAAGGCGAAUACUAUAUCAUCCUUAGCCUUUCUCCGAUCCCUCCACUCUUCCAGAAGCUAUAUUGGAGCUCUGAUAGAUGACCUCAAAACCCAUGGCCUUACGGAACACCCUGAACCUUGUUCUCCCCAGAUAUCUCAGACGUUAGACCUGCAGAUGGAGGAGUUAUUCGUCCCAUACAUAGUGGGCAAUGGGUAUAUCGAGCGCGAGAAGAGGAGCUUAGAAGAAUUGUUUAAUUCACUACUCUUUAAGUACAAUAUCUAUCACUCGAGGAGGAAAAAGGCACCGACCGGGUUCAUGGCUUCGUUAGCCCUACAGACUAACCAGCUCAUGGCAUCCGCUAAGGACGCUUAUCUGGAACGGCUUGAAUCAUCUGAUCUCACCCCAACUCAGAAGGCGAUGAUGUUGAGGGUUGCCGGUGUACAGGAAACCGGGAAUAAGAACGAGAUCGAAGUCUCAGAGUCCGAGGGUGUCUUAAGCACAGCUACGGCUAAGCGUAUGUUGACCUGGCUCGCCGAGAGUGUUCGACGAACAUUGGAGCUUGGAAGCCAAAGCGAAACGCCCAAGGACGUCGCCAUACUCCUCAAUCUCUUAUUAACCAACAUGGGUCAAGUCUACGUAGAGACAGCCUUAGAAGCGGCCCUUGAGAAGGCCACAUCUCAGGAGAACGUGAAGACGGAACCGGAUCUCAGCUAUCUACCUUCUGUCCGACCAGCAGUGACCAUCGGCAGCAUGAUGAACCGUUUCAUUACCACGGUGCUCAUUCGCCUCGCCGAGUCCAACACUACCGUCCGAAGAAGCAUGGAGGCGCAGGCCAAGAUGGGCAUCGAGAGCAUCGAAAGGAAGGCCGGCAGCAUCAUGAAGAGCAGCGUCGAUGUGAUCGUGAACUGGGUCGCCAAGUCGCUCGCAACACAAAAGAAGCUUGACUUCCUGCCCAAGGACGAGCUCAGCAUCAUCGAGUCGCUGCAGACGCCGACGUGCACGUCGAUAUGCCUGUUCCUGUCGCGGUGCACGCGGCUCAUCAGCCAGGCCGUCGACGGCGCCAACCUCGAGGUGUUCAGCAGCGAGCUCGCGCUCGAGAUCCAGCGGCUGCUCUUCGAGCACUUCAAGAAGUUCAAGGUCAACGCGACGGGCGGGCUCAUGGUCACCAAGGACGUCACCAAGUACGUCGCCACCCUGAAAGAGUGGCCGCUCUCGAAGGAGGUCGAGGCUGCCGUCGAGCUCCUCACCGAGAUCGGCUACCUGUUUAUUAUCGGCCCCGAGGCCCUGCGCGAGCGCUCCCGGAACCUGGCCAGCAGCGCGAGCGGUGCUGGUGCUGCUGGCGCGCCCAAGAAGCUCGGCAAGGCCGACUUCAAGGCCUUCAUUCAGAGCAGGGACGACGCGAGGAGCGUGGGUGUGCAGAGCGUGCUCUCGAGCUUGUGAUGUUGAUGUGGACGGGGGAGAAAGAGAGAAAAUGUACCGGACUGAAAAUGAACGAAGGAGCGCUGUUGUUUUCCUUCCCGUUACUGGGUGAAGGCGGGAAGGGAAGGGAAGGCAAAAAAAUGGAUAUGUGUUUAGAUCGCUUGUAUCCAAACACGUCUUGUUGCGCAAUUACGAGAUAGAUGAGAUACCAACGCCGAGAAUGCGGAUGCCUUCUCACCCUACUUGCUUACUAUGAACACCCUUCGUAAGAUAUGUGAACCAAGUUCAUUCUCACUGCUUACGAAUAUCGUCAGACUACCUACUUAAGACGUCCGUAAUGAAGAAUCAAAUUUAACAGGAUCAUUUUGUGUAUUUGAAUUGGUUUGGUUUGGUUUGGUUUCAUAUACUAUUAGCC